UACCUACUGAAUAAUAUGUGGCCACUCAUUAGUUACAAACUAGAGUUUAAUUAUACAAGACGUACGAUAGUAUAAAAUGUUUUUCGUUUAAUCAUAGGUUAAUAAUGAUGAGUUUAAUGUUUUUUAUUUUUAGCAUCGUCACAUUAAUAGUUUCACAGACAGUCACUCCAACUUAUUUGGGAUGUUACCGGGAUGACAAUUUAGUAUCGUUAGGAGAGGAAAGUCGGGUUUUGUCAUCGAUUUCACCUAAAUCAUGCACAGGAUUCUGUCACGGAAAUUCUUAUCUGUUCGCUGCUAUCAAAAACGACACCUGCUAUUGUAGCAAAUCUUACAUUUCUAGACUGAUGAAACAAUAUGAUAAGGAAUGCACAAUAUCUUGUGCAGGAGAGCCAUGGGCUUCUUGCGGAGCCUUUCCAAAUUUAAUAUCUUCUUAUUUAACAGAUAAUUCAAAAAAUGGUAAUUUUAUAAGCCGCGGUGGAUAUCCAACGGCAAUUUACUUAGGGUGUUACGCCGAAAACGCUAAUGAUCCCGAGAACAGAUUGCUCAAAGGACCAGCUCAACCAUACAACAAUAACACUCCACAGAAAUGUUCAGAAAUAUGUUUCAAGAUGGGUUAUGUAUACGCCGGCGUUACAUACGGGUCGGAGUGUUGGUGUGGAAAUCAGAGACCUUCGAAAUCGUCAAUGGUCGAAAACUCGAAUUGUAAUGUACCUUGCAGUGGCGAUAGUAGACAAUUUUGCGGUGGAGGUUGGAAGACUGGUGUAUACUCGACUGGAAUGACUCAAUACGUUGCUACCAAAUAUGAGGGAUGUUUCGCCGACGAACCGGUCAAACACAAAAAUGGUAUUUUGACUUUUCAAAUGGGAACCAACAACAGUCCGAAGCGAUGCAUGAACCUUUGUAACAUUGAACGGUACAAAUACGCCUUGCUCAAAGGCAACGUGUGCGAAUGCAGACACAACGAAGUGAAUUACUCGUUGAAAAGAGAUCACGGUGCUUGCAAUACGGUAUGCUUAGAAAACCCUUCAGACUACUGCGGCGGACAGAACGUGUUAAGCGUCUACAAAACCUUAUAUGACGAAAACACCGGACUCGUACAUGCAAAGCCACACGGGUGCUUUAAGAAUCCCAGGAGACACCCGACAAUGGACGGUUGGCGUAUAAACGAUCGCAGUCUUACGGUUAGGCAAUGCGUGCGCAGCUGUUAUGCCAGGAGGUUUCCGUACGCCGCACUUGUGUCAUCAACCGAGUGUAUGUGCAGCUUUACUAAGCCUUCGGACGAGGCAAAGACCGACUCCGACGACGAAUGCAACACUCCGUGUUCCGGUGAUGCAACCGCAAAGUGCGGCGGUAAAAACGUCAUCGACGUGUACAGCACUGGUUUGAAAUGGCCGACCACCGAGGUGGGCAACUACUAUUUGGGCUGUUACGAAGAGACCGCCGAAAACCGAAUAUUCAACGGGUUUUCCCGGUCGUAUAUGGUGAACACGCCGGCGUUUUGCACGAAGCUCUGUUACAAAAUGGGAUUCGGAUACGCGGGCGUCACGUACAAAUCCGAAUGUUUCUGCGGCAGCCACUCGCCGAACACUGUCAGAUUUACCAAAGUAGAAGACAGCCAGUGCAACACCAAGUGUUCGGGAGACGCCAAUCAAUAUUGCGGCGGCGGAUGGAGGAUGGGUGUGUUCGCUACCGGGUUAAAAGACUUUGACGUCUUGAAUAGGAAAGUGGGAUGUUACACAACGCAGAGUGACGUCAUGAACGACGUCAAGUUCGAGCUGAUAAACACAAACACACCUGGCAGAUGUGCGAGACUUUGCCACGAUGCGGGCUUCCGUUAUGCGGGAAUUUCCAAAUUCAAUUGUUUUUGCGACAAUGAAAUACCGUCCAACGAAAACGAAGUAGACUACUCGGAAUGCAGUGUCGUGUGUUCGGGCGACGACACUCAAACGUGUGGCGAUAGCGACAGAUUACAAAUCUACGACCUCAGAGAUUCAUUACUCGUGGACGAAAGCACCCCGGGGUCGAUUUUGGUACAAGAAGAAUUCGACACUCUGAACUUAGAGUCGCUUUGGAAUCAUGAAAUUUACUUGGCCAACGACUACGAACCGAACUUCGAGUUCGUCAUUUACAAUAACUCCGACAAAAAUAUAUAUAUAAAAAACGGAGAGCUAUUCAUCAGACCCACUCUGCUGCCGGACAACACCGUGAAGAGGGGUAGCGUCACGUUGAAGGGUUGCACGAAACCCGAAGUGACCGGAGUGUGUACCGAGAACGCAUCAACUUAUAACAUCUUGCCUCCAGUAGUUUCGGCCAAACUGACUACGAGGAACUCGUUUUUAUUUAUUUAUGGCAAAGUGGAAGUGACGGCUAACUUACCGUCGGGAGACUGGAUCGUCCCAGAAAUCGCAUUGGUCAGCAAGAGCAACGAACAGUUGAAGAUCGUAUUGGCCUCGACGACUGGCAACGCCAACUUGCGUUGCGGAUCCAACGAUGAGAGUUCGUUCGUCUUGAAGUACGGAAUACAAUUUGACGAUACAAACCGAUCCGUAAAAUCGAAACUAUCCAAAGCCAUUUCGCCAAAAUCUUGGUCCGUUGGUUUCCACACGUUUGUGUUGACCUGGACCCAGACAAGUAUGGAGUACGAAAUCGACGGUGAAAAAUGGCCCAUUGACAUUUCCGAGGUGCCGCUGGAAGUCAUAAACGAAUCAGAAUUUUACGUCUCCAUCGGCUUAUCAGUAGGCGGCAUGACCAGAUUCCCCGACGGUUGUUUGAGUAACGGCCAUUUGAAACCUUGGAAGAACUUCGACACUAAAGCUCUGGUCAAUUUCCACAGAGACAAGAACCACUGGGAACCGACGUGGAGCCCCGACAAGUCCAUCCUACGUGUCCAGAGUGUAAAAAUAACAUCGUGGGCUAGACACAAUUAGUCAGAAAUAGUUCAGCGAGCCCAUCAGUGACAAUGACCAUUUGUGGCUAGCGAUUUUUAUGUAUAUGAAAAUAAAAAUAUAUAUAACUUAUUAAA